AUGAUGGUUCCCUAUGGAUUGACAGGCCAUUGGUUUGCGGCUGCAGUAACGCUCAAAUCGGCUUCGGCGGGCGGAAACGGGCCGGGGCUGUGGCGUCUGCAAGCUGCGCCGGCAGGAGGGGAAGGAGCUAAGAACAUCAUCUCGGCGGUGCUGGACGCGCAGGCAGCGCAUCCAAAUCAAGGCCUGGACAGGCUGCUCCUGAAUCUGCGCGCGGGCAUGAGGGCACACGGAGGGAGCAAGGGAGGUGCUACUGGCAGCAUUAGAGCAUUCAGUGCAGCUUUCGGGGCAGAUCAGAACCGUGGUGAGGUGACACUGUGGCCAGUCGAGGAAGGGGAGAAGUUGCUGGAGGAGGACCGGAUGUUACCCAGCACGGAGUGGAUGGAACAGGAGGUGAAGGAGGCACUGAAGGGCCUUCCCUCGGGGAAAUCCCCUGGUCAAGACGGGCUCCCGAAAGAAUUCUUCGAACGCAACUGGGAGCUCAUCGGGCCAGCAGUGAUGAAAGAAGUCAAGGCCUUCGAGGAGACGGCGGUGCUGUCGGAGUCCUUUCUAACGGCGGUUACCAUACUCCUGCACAAAAAAGGGGACAAGGAGAAUCAAGCAAACCUUACCGCGGGUGAUUGCAGAGAACCAGUUUGGCUUCCUCCCGUGGAGGAGCCUGGGGAGGCAGUCUCAUUGGUGGCAAAAGUGAUCGAUGCAGCUGCCGAAGAGGACGAGGACUGGAUGCUGCUUCUGGUAGAUUUUCAGAAGGCCUACGACUCUGUGUCCAGAGAGUACCUGUAUUUGACACUGGAGCAGAUGGGUUUCCCAAAGAACUACAUGGCAUGGGUGAAAGGGUUACACAACGGUGCUGCCACCAGGUUACUCCUCAACGACUGGAUGGGCGAACGAGUGGAGAUGAACAAAGGUGUGCGGCAGGGUCGUCCACUUGCUCCAUAUCUCUUCAUCUGCACUGUAGAACCGCUCUGCCAAGAAAUCGCGAGGAGGAAGCUGGGAGUCAGGAAAAGGGGCAUUGAAGGGGAGCUGGCAUAUAUCGGAUAUGCAGAUGACACUACUCUGGUCUUGAAAGGAAAAGAGCAGAUGGAGGUGGUGAAAGCGCUUCUGGACGAUUUCGCGGUGCUCUCCGGUCUAAGGAUCAACCGCGACAAGACGACACUGAUGCCGCUGGGGAGGAACCGGAGGCGGGUGCCGCCGACGAACUCACCUUUCUAG